AAGGGGAGGGCAAGGGAGGAGCUGCUACUGUACAUACAGUAUAAACUCAUUCAUUAAGAAGCCCAACACUUCACACGCGUACCACAGAGGAGGACCUGGUUGUUUUUUUUGGAGAGUUCCUUAAAAUGUUGUUGCUAACAAUCCUGCUCGCCAUGCUGUCCUGUGUUGCAGGCUCAUUGAGGCAGCAGAUCUCCGGGCAAUACGGCUCCGAUCUUCACUUUCCUCUGUCACCGUUAUGCCAAGAACAGUUUUUCGAUAUCUAUGGUGGAGGGACUCGUAUCGGCAACUUCCAUGAUUCCUUUCUACAGGGUUUUAAUAGUUAUAACAAUCGCCUUCACUUUGACCGCGAGAACUGCACAUUCACAUUAAAGGAUUUCUCAGAGGCGGACGCUCAUAAUUUCACAUUCGUUAGAUUUGAACGUAAAAACAGUAUGGACUUCGAAGUCCAUGUUCCUGCUGUUAUAGACACCCCUGAUGAACACACCUCUGAUGAACACACCUCUGAUGGAUGUACCUCGGGGCUCUUCGCUCUUGGCUUCUCAAUGGACCCAUUUAUUUGCCUUAUCUUCAUCAUUUUUGCUAUGACCAUGAAGGAAAAACGCUGGACUCAUGGCGAGACUGUUGUCUCUCACACACAGAAGGUUGUUGCUUUUUUCUUGGGUAAACAGGACAGGACCUGGAUAAAACCCGCUUGUAUCUCCAUUAAAGUAUUUUCUCUGGUCUUCCAGAUCAUCAGCCUCAUCUCACUGGCCUGUUGUGGUGAUAUAUAUAAAACAAACAGGUUCAUAGCUGCUGCUGCUUCAUUUACAGUAACGGAAGUCUUUCUUACUGGUGUCUGGAUAUAUUUUGCAUGGAAAUGUGAUGGAGGAAAUAUGAAUCUUGUGAAGAAAUAUCUGGCCCGAUGCCGCUGUGUUAUGGAGUGUGCGCAGUCACUGGCAUUUCCAUUUUGCAUAUGCUUCUUGUAUUUCUCUCUGUACGCGGCAAAUGUCACUCUUUGGGCUCUGAUCGCCUUCCCUCUGGUGCUCGUGAUUUUGAAAAUCGGGAUCUUCAUUCUAUGCUGCUGGAAGAAAAGGAAAAGUAACACGAAUGAAGAGUCCAAGUUGGAUGCUGGAGGUCCGUUAUGAAAUUUAAUUUUGUCUUCUGCCACCGCUCGGUCCCAUACCUUCGUGUUCUUUGUGACGUCAUCGGGGGCUGAGCCUGGAAGAAGCAGCGGGCCUCCCGAUGACGUGGCGCAUGCCUUGGCCUUUAUUCCCAGGACACAGCCAGAGAAACAAAUGUCCCCAUGCCUGGGCCUUUAUUCCCAGGACACAGCCAAGGACACAGAU